AAACAACUCAUCACCCAUGACACCAUGAGCCAUCACAGCAACUACUAUGGAGGCCUGGGCUACGGCUACGGAGGCUUUGGGGGCCCAGGCUAUGGUUGUGGCUGGGGAUGUGCAAGUUUCCUUGGACUGGGCUGUGGCUGGAGCUGGAGAAGCCACAGAUAUGGCUGCUGCCUCCCACUGUGUUAUGGAGGAUAUGGGUUCUCUGGCUUCUACUAAACGACUGUGCCAGUAAACCAACAUCUGAAAUUAUAAGGGACUUCCCCAAAUUGAUGUUCAGUAUAUGAACUUCCAAUAUCACGGUGGGAUUAUUUGCACGAAAGUAUGUGGCUUCUCAGAAUUUUGAAUUUUUCAAUUAAUGCCUACAUCUUCAACAUAACUCUAGAAUCUUCUUCUGUUUUGCUCUUAUAAUGCAUUGGAUUAUCUGUUCACCUGC